UGUGUGUGUGUUUUUGUUUGUAAGAAAAAAACGAUAGAAAUCUGCGAUGGGUGAAGAAAGUGAGUGUUGCAGAACGUGACCAGGUUAUGGAACUCCACUGGAAGCCAUGUCUGGUCCUAGAGAAGCUCUUCUUUACGUUACUUGUGUUUAUAAUGGAACGGGUAGAAAGAAGCCUGAUUUCCUGGCAACGGUUGAUGUAGAUCCAAAAUCGCCCACUUAUUCUAAAGUUAUCCACAGGCUGUUUAUGACGUAUAUAGGUGAUGAACUGCAUCACUCAGGGUGGAAUGCAUGCAGCUCUUGUCACGGAGAUCCGUCGGUUGAUCGACGUUUCCUGAUCCUACCUUCGGUGGCGUCUGGUCGUAUCUAUGUAGUUGACACAUCGAAGAAUCCAAAGGCACCCUCGUUGCACAAAGUGGUGGAGCCUGAGGAUAUAGUCGAGAAGACCGGCCUAGCGUAUCCGCACACGUCUCACUGCCUUGCCUCUGGGGAUGUGAUGAUUUCAUGUCUCGGAGACAAACAUGGUAAUGCCAAAGGAAAUGGAUUUCUUCUCCUCGAUUCUGAAUUCAACAUCAAAGGGAGGUGGGAGAAGCCGGGGCAUAGUCCUCUGUUCAGCUACGACUUUUGGUACCAACCUCGACAUAAUACGAUGAUCAGCUCGUCAUUAGGCGCCCCUGCUACCUUCACCAGAGGUUUCAAUCCUCAGCAUAUUGCAGAUGGUUUGUAUGCGAGGCAUCUGCAUGUGUAUAGCUGGCCUGAUGGUGAGCUGAAACAAAUACUGGAUCUAGGUGACACCGGUCUCACACCCUUGGAGUUAAGAUUCCUGCAUGAUCCCUCUAAAGAUACCGGGUAUGUUGGGUGUGCAUAUACGAGUAACAUGGUUCGGUUUUUCAAAACCGAAGAUGGAUCAUGGAGCCAUGAGGUGGCAAUCUCAGUGAAACCAUUGAAGGUACAAAAUUGGAUUCUUCCUGAAAUGCCUGGAUUUAUAACCGACUUUUUAAUCUCUCUCGACGAUCGUUAUCUGUAUUUAAUCAACUGGAUGCAAGGAGACAUCCGACAAUAUAACAUCAAAGACCCCAAAAAUCCAGUCUUGGUUGGCCAAGUAUGGGUUGGUGGAGUGAUUCAAAAGGGAAGCCCUGUCUUUGCUUUGACCGAAGAUGGUAAAACAUGGCAAGCUGAUGUUCCGGAAAUCCAGGGACAUCGUCUGAGAGGGGGACCGCAGAUGAUUCAGUUGAGCUUAGACGGUAAGCGACUAUACGUGACGAACUCGCUAUUCAGCACAUGGGAUCGACAAUUCUACCCAGAGCUUGUGGAGAAAGGUUCCCACAUGCUGCUGAUUGAUGUCGACACCGAGAAAGGGGGUCUUAAAAUAAACCCGGAUUUUUUUGUCGAUUUCGGAGCCGAACCUGAUGGACCUUGCCUGGCUCAUGAGAUAAGAUAUCCAGGUGGUGACUGCACUUCAGAUAUUUGGAUUUAAGCAUCACAAAACCAGUUCACAUAUGAACAAAUUGUCCUU